CCAAUUAUCAUCUUCGUUUCAAUCUAAAAUUUCCGAUUUUGGGAUUUUGAAACAGAGCACCGAAGUCUCAAAGACUCGAACUCCCAGCUACCCUUCUGUCUGCCUCGUUUAAGGUCCAAAGAUGCAAAAAUUGGCUGAUUUCAAGCUUCCUCCGUUCUUCAAUUAUCCUCCAUACUUCACUUUGCAGCCUGUGAGGGACACUCGUGAGAAGCAGAUACAGCUCUGGAAAGAGCUUAUUUUGGAUUACUGCAAAUCCCAAAAGAUUUUUUUGAUUGGCGUUGAAGAUGAUUUCCCACUUUUCUCAAACUCUGCCAUUGAUAGAUCUUUAAGUCAUGAAGCAAGGGAAGCAUUUCUCUCAGCAAUUGUUGGAGAAGGGCGUGCGGAGUGGUUAGAUAAAGGGCAUAGGAAAUGUCUGAUUCUGUGGCACCGGAUUCAAGAUUGGGCAGACAUGAUUCUUCAGUUUGUUAGAGAUAAUGGAUUAGAGGACAGUGUUAUGACUGUUGAAGAAAUACGUACAGGGACAGAAUCACAUGGAACAGAACUUCAAGGGAUAGAUCGGACGAUUCUAAUGAGGGCCUUAAAGCUUCUAGAGAACAAGGGAAAGCUUGCAUUGUUCAAGGGAACAUCAGCAGAUGAUGAAGGAGUCAAGUUUUCUGUCUGAUGCUACUCUGUAUAAACUUUUGGUAAUAAUUUCUGUUCGAAAAAUAUUAAGAACCAAGGAGAAAAAAUUGGAUAAACAACUCAUUUUGUUCUGAUAACACUCAUUCUCUAAUCACA